AGUUGGCAAAAAUCUAUCUGUCUGUGGAAUUCGUCUUACUUUUGGUUUGGCGUUUCGGAAAUCGUACUCUGUUAGUGAGUGUGUAAUUUUGUUAAUUUUUGUUAUAAAGUGAAAAUAAACCAAUAUGGAUGAAGAAUACGACGCAAUAGUGCUCGGGACUGGUUUAAAAGAAUGUAUCCUAAGCGGUAUGCUCUCUGUUUCUGGUAAGAAAGUUCUGCAUAUCGACAGGAAUAAGUACUAUGGUGGCGAAUCAGCUUCCAUCACACCUCUGGAAGAGUUAUUUGCACGUUAUGGUGCACCAUCUCCUGAUGAAACGUAUGGAAGAGGCAGGGAUUGGAAUGUAGACCUGAUUCCAAAAUUCCUCAUGGCAAAUGGCCUGUUAGUAAAAUUGCUCAUUCACACGGGGGUAACAAGGUACCUCGAAUUCAAAUCUGUCGAAGGUAGUUAUGUAUACAAACAGGGGAAAAUCUCCAAAGUCCCUGUGGACCAGAAGGAAGCUCUGGCCUCAGAUUUAAUGGGGAUGUUUGAGAAGAGAAGGUUUAGGAACUUCCUCAUUUAUGUCCAAGAUGUCAAACUCGAUGACCCAAAAACUUGGAAGGAUCUAGAUCCUAACAGCACCACAACUCAGCAACUGUAUGAGAAAUUUGGUCUAGAUAGGAACACCCAAGAUUUUACAGGGCAUGCAUUGGCUCUGUACCUUGAUGAUGAUUACCUGAACUAUCCAGCUGCCCAAACAAUCUGCCGAAUAAAGCUGUACAGUGACUCUCUUGCUCGUUAUGGCAAGUCCCCCUAUCUAUAUCCCAUGUAUGGACUUGGUGAACUGCCUCAGGGCUUUGCUCGACUCAGUGCAAUCUAUGGUGGUACCUACAUGCUUGAUAAGCCAGUAGAUGAAAUUGUUAUCGAAAACGGCAAAGCUGUUGGUAUUAAAUCAGGAGAAGAAAUUGCAAAAUGCAAACAGGUAUACUGUGACCCAUCGUAUGUUCCCAAUAAGGCUAAGAAAACCGGCAAGGUUAUUCGUUGUAUUUGCCUGAUGGAUCAUCCCAUUCCUAACACAAGGGACGCACUAUCAACUCAAAUAAUCAUUCCUCAAAAACAAGUGAACAGGAAAUCAGAUAUUUAUGUAUCUUUGGUGAGUCACACUCACCAGGUUGCAGCCAAAGGCUGGUUUGUUGCAAUGGUCUCUACAACGGUUGAAACUGAAAACCCUGAAGCUGAAAUUAAACCAGGUCUGGAUCUGUUAGGUCCCAUUAAACAGAAAUUUGUCACAGUGUCUGAUUAUCUUGAACCAACUGAUGAUGGCAAAGAAAGUCAAAUUUUUAUUUCUAAGUCAUACGAUGCAACGACUCACUUUGAAACAACAUGUCUUGAUGUAUUGGAUAUAUACAAGAGAGGAACAGGGGAAGAUUUUGACUUUUCGAAGGUGAAGGUUGAACUUGGAGACGAAGAUCAGUAAGGUGUUGAACAUGAUAUGUUUGAUGUGCUGCGCUUAAUUCUUACAGUGGAAGAAAUUGCAAGAGAAUUUUUGGCAAUCAUCUUUGAAAAGGCAUGUUUGUUUAUCGGAACUCUAAUCUUCUAUAUAAACUGUGCAUGUAUGCUGUACUGUUUACCAUAUUUAAAAGUAAUUUUUAUUUUCAUUAAAUAUCUUUAUGGUACUUUUCGUAUCAUUCAAUAAGUUUUCCUCUGUAAAAUAUAUUUAAUCCACCACUUAAAAUCAACUUUUUAAAAGGCUUCUAAAGUUCAAGUGUAGAUUUUUUUGUAACUUUUAUACCAAAGAUUUUCUUUAUAACUAUAAUGAAGUCUUCUUGUCAUAUCUAGGCAAAUCUCUUGUAUUUUAUGUUUUCCAUUCAACUAUUUGAAUAUAAUUCUCCUAACCUUUUUACUACAGGAGAUUUUAGUAUAGUUUUAUUUUGGAUUAACAUUUACCAAAUUUAACAUACCAAAGCUGGAGAAGAGAGCUCUGUAUUUCUAAAUAAUAUUGUUUCCACGCUUAAUAUCCAUGGUCUUUAAAUGUUUCUGUUAAUAACAGGUUUUCAUUCAUAUUUUCUUUUGGAAAGCCAGCUUUUUUAACCACCACAACGUGCAUAUGAUUUCAAUUUUAGAAGCCUUUUUAAUUGUAAGUCUUAGCUUGCUUUUACACCUUAUAUUUUAAUCUAGGGAUUCCCGUUUGUUAAUUUAGUCUAUAGGAGUUUAUUUUUAAUCAUAUUUGGUGUUUAAAAGGUUAAAAAGGUUUAAAUGUGUGUAAAUAACACUCAUUGUUGCAUUAUCUUCACAACUGAGUAAAAAAACAUUCCAUUUUAAAGCGAUUGAGAAUAGUAAAAAGCUUUUUUGAAGAUACGAAUAAGUAAGAUAGUCGAUGUUCUUUGUAAGUGUACAAACUAGUAAACCUCCCAAACAAAUGCCACUGUAUAUUGAGCUUCUUUGUCCUGAUUUUAUCUGUUUGUUUACUUUGCAAAACAUUUCGUGCAAUGUUCGCAAAAACUAGUACAUUUAAUACAAUAAAGAUUUAGAUGUGUAUUGGAGAGUAAUUUUAGAUGUGCUCAAUGCAUUUAUUUUGUUAUAAAAUUUACCGUGUAGAAUUGUUUAUUUUACUGAACCCUGUUUAUCAUCCCUUGCUUUUUAUGGUAUAUACACGCUGUUCAUUGUAUCACACAAGUAUUUUAAAGGUUGUAUAAAUUACUUUUCUGUUUUGUAAUAAAUCAACUUCUCUUUAUGUUGAAUGAAACUGGUUCAUGGUCUGUUUUGGUAACAAUUGGUUAUUCUAAGUUAACUCACAGAUGGAAGAAUCUAUUGUCAAUCUAUUAACUUAUGAUUAUUGGCUUUGAGAAAUUAAGUUUUGUUUAAAUGAGAUACCAAUCAUACUAAGCCAAUGUAAUUAAAGUAGGCCUAUUUAACUGAAGGUAUACUACGGGCCAAAUUUUACCAUCUGCUAUAUUCUUAAAAAAUUUAUUUUGUAAGUAAACUUAUUGGCCAACAGAUAUAACCCCUGUAAAACGCAUAAAUCAUUUUUGUUCUAGACUUGUAUUUAUAAAAUCACAAGUGAAAAGUUUAAGAUAGGGCUAUCACUGUUAAAACAUUAGAUGUUUAAAUAUAUUUUUAGCUAUACCUAAAAUUUGAAGAAUGUGAUGUUAUGUAUUAUGAAUGGGUUUUUGAACAUAGGCAAAUCAAAUCCUUUAAUUUAAACACUUUUUGGAACUAGCCUAAUUAAAUAAUCCUAAGCAUGCCUCAAUCUAUGAAAGUUAUUUGAGUUAAAAUAUAAACUGGUAUAUUAUACUAUAUUAUACUUCUGUCAUGCCAAAAUAAUUUAUUAGUAUUAAAAUAAUUUUCCUGCAAAACAUAAAUGUUCUGGUCUUUAUGGGGUACUGUGUGUAAUUCAUGAUUCUUAAAAUUUCCUCUCUCUGGUUCCUGCAUAUUGAUUUCCUUUAACAAAAAUGAAAUAAUAUACAGAAUUAUAUAUUUGGAAAAUAUAAUAUUUUUUUUUAAUAUCUAACUUAUUGCAAAUACACAGUGCUUGUAGAUAAAAAUGCAAGGUGGUGGACAAAUUAUUGUUUUGCUUGAAAAUCAUUAUUUAGCUGUUAUUUUGCAGAAUAUGCUAAAAAUUAUUGUAAUUAUUAUUAUCUGUUAAAUUGCUACAAGCAUGAAAUAUAUUAAAUUUUUUUGUAAUCUGAAA